CCUCGACAGUAAAGUACAGUGACGUAAGGUUGUUGUUUAUGUGCGUCUAUGGGGAACGCCGGUUUAGUAUUGUUAAAAAAAAGAAAGAGUAAAGAAAUAGACGUUUUAUAAAAAUAAAAAGAUGUAGGUUGAGCAUAGGUAUUAUUUAAUUAUGAAAUUAACAGCAUACAAUUGGUAGCAACUAUUCUAUAUUUAUUUUCAGGCGAGAUAGCGACUACCUUAGGUUUAUGUUCACAGGACCCCGGGAACCACGUUGAAAUGUUUACUGUGGACUGGCGCAACCAUUCGCUGUCGACUCGAUACUGUUUAAAAUUAUUUAAAGGCGGUAACUGCCGAAUAAAUUAAUAUAACAGGCAAGCAUCAAUAGAGAGGGCUACACAGAACAGCGGAUAAUAGAAACCUAUUAAACCUAAGGUGUUAAAUGAAGUUAGCUAAAUUCAGGAGAACCGACGUUAAGGUAAAUUGCAGAAAACUAUUCAGUCGAGAAUAAGAGCCGUUUGCGCUCAUUUACUAAAGUUGAGACAAACAUGGUGUCUUCUAUGGUCGUCCCCGUUAUUGAUGUCCAGAAUGAUAACUUCAGAGAGCUUUGGCCCGCCAUGGUAGUGGCCAUGAAAACGGCUUCCUUCAUUGCACUGGACACGGAGCUGAGUGGUCUUGGAAAUAGGAAGUCCCUGAUGGCCGAAUCCAUAGAGGACCGAUACAAAGCCAUAUGCAGCGCUGCUCGCUCCCGCUCCAUCAUCUCUCUGGGAAUCGCCUGUUACAAGAAGCUGGACGACAAGGCUGCACACACGUACCUGGUCCAGGUGUAUAACCUCACCCUGCUGUGUUCAGAGGAGUACAUGAUAGAGCCCCAGUCGGUCAAGUUCCUGGUCCAGCAUGGCUUUGACUUUAAUAAGCAGUACGCCAGUGGGAUCCCUUACCUCAAGGGCAAUGGCAAGGGGACCUCGGAGGAGCUGGGGGUCCACAUCCGGGCCUUAUUCACCGAGGUGCUGCGAGCCAGGAAGGCCCUGGUGCUCCACAACGGCCUCAUAGACAUGGCCUUCCUGUACCAGAGUUUUUACGCAAAUCUACCCGAUCGCUUGGCCUCUUUCACCGCCGACCUAUCGGAGAUGUUUCCUGCUGGAAUCUACGACACAAAGUACGUCACGGAGUUUGAGCUGCGGCUCCCCGCCUCCUAUCUGGAGUAUGCCUACAAGAAAUGUAAGCUGGACAACAGUCGCAUUGUGACCUCUGGAGGUGCCGAGCCGCACGUACGCGUUGAGUUCUGUCAGUACGCAGGUCACAUGUCCAGCUACGUGGACUACAGAAUGUGUCAAGAUGUGUCCUCUGCUGAGGGACAGACGGACAUCUGUGAGCGCUUCUCGGCGUUUGGCUGGUGUCCAAACGGAACCCAGUGUCCGUCAUCCCAUGACACCGACCUGAUUGUCCUCCAGGAUGAGAAGGGCGCGGGGGACAAGAAGAAAAAGAAGAGGAUCAGAAACAAGAAGCGAGGUCGAGGUGAGGCACAGAACGGGGCCUCAGUCUGUGACGGGGCUCCUGACCACAAAAUCCCCCACAUGGAAGUGGACUCCGGGGACGCAGCAGCCGCGGUGCGCCCUGAAAGAGACACGUCGCAGAGGGAGGAAGAAGUGGACAUGAAAGCGUGCGAUGAGGAGAACCAAGUCUCCGAGGACAACCCCGACCACAGAAACCCUGCAGCAGCUGAAGCAUCGACCACAACAACAAGCAGCACAAAGGAGAGCCGAGAGGAAGCCAGAGAGACGGAGACGCUUAGCAACCACCCAGCUAACACCGACGCUCCCAAGACCAAGGCCGACCCAGGAACGCACCGCGCCGGGUUCGAUGCCUACAUGACGGGAUACAUCUUUGCCCACUCCUGCACCACGAUCAAGGAAGGAGUGGGAGCUGUAGAGAAUGAGCAGCAGCAGGAAGUGGUGGACAGAGAGCAGCAGCAGGCGGCGUGGCUUCCUACGUGUCUCAAUAAGGUCUACCUCAGCGGCAAGGCAGCUCCUCUCAACGUGGUUAAAAGCACCUUCGCCAGGUCGUCCAAGGUCCACAUCCAGAAGAUGAAGGCGGUUUGGGCGGGUGGGUUGUAGUGUAUAUUAGAGUUUACACAUGUGCAGCAUCACAAAGUCCUAAGGCUUUCAUCCAUUUCCUGAAUUGCUGUAUCAUUUUCUACAUUUGUGAUGUCUGCAGGAUGAACCCCGUUGACUAUUUCUUUCACCACAAGGUUCAGCUGAAUCCUGUGUAGUGUUCAGUUUAUGUUGAUUAGUAUUGCGAUCACAAUACUGCAAGAAGGAAAUGGUUUUUUUUAAUAAACUGAUGCUUGUUAAUAACAAUUGUUAUUUCACAGCAACAAGUUAUUUGAAAAGUCCAAUGAUGUUGUGGCUAAUCACGUCAGUGUCACAUGAUCGGAUCACCAAUAAUUCCAUCAAGUUUGUAUCAAAGAAAAUUGCCACAACCUGAGCUGUUGGUACGUACAGACCAUAGUAUCAUAAUGACUUUUCUCUGGAGCCUUUCAUUUCUAUUCUAAAAUACAUGUUAAGAAUUCUAAAAAUAGUAUACUAUGUUAUGGCUCUAUAAUCGUUAAAGCUCGAUAAAACGUUGCAAAAGAAAGCCGAUCUUCAUGUAAUUCCAACUUCAGUAAAUAAGUAAUUAACAUUGCAGCAGUGGAGAAGAACCGGUAAAAAAAAAAAACAGAUGUAUAAACAC